UUUUUUGAUCCAAGAAAAGUUUAAAGUAAAAAUGAAAGGAAGGGGAGGGGAGAAGGAUGAUUUUAUAUUUAUUUUUCAGUUGACCAGAGGAAAUAAAUGGGAAGUUUUAAAGGCAAUAUUUUUGGUUAAUAUAGCGCCUGUCCAUUUCCCCCUUUCCGAACUCUUGCUUAAAUCUUUGAUUUAUUUUUAGUAAGAAAAUCGGUUUUAUAUAACAGCUGUUGUUUUUUGGGGGAGAGAACGAUUUGCUAAUAAAUUGUGGAAAGAAAUGGGGGGGGGGGGGGGUUUAAUGACAUGGACAAGAUUUUUAGAAAAAAUAGACGGGGGGGGGGUUAAUUUUUGGAGAGGGGAUGGAUUGGAAAAAAUUUUUUUGCAGUGUGUGGGGGUUGGAAAAACUUUUUCCAGAAAAUUUUUGAAAGAGAGGGGGUUUGAAAAAUUUUCCAAAACAAUUUUUGUGGGAGGAUGUAUGUGUGUUGAAUUUUUGGAAAAUUUUUUUGGUGGGCUUGAAAAAUUUUUCUAAAAAAAUUUUUUGAGGCGGGUGUUUAAGGUGAGGGGGAUGAAAUUUUUUAAAAUUUUCUAAUUUGGUUUUGUAUUUUAAAUUUUUCAGAUUUUUAGAGCUUAAAAAAAUUUUUCUAAAAAAUGCUUUCAUAAUUUUAUAAUGAUUAUUAGCAACGAUUUUCGACUUCAAUUUUAUGAAGAGCUUAGAAAGGAUCAUAUUCUGAUUAUUGUAAAUGCUGAUGUUGAUGCCCUGUGUGCAACUGCUAUUUUGACUCAUUUAUUUUCUUGUGACGAAGUAACUUAUACACUUAUUCCGGUUAAUUCAAUAGAAGGAUUGAAAUCUACAAUUAAAAUACAUGGUAAACAGACAAAAAAUAUUAUUUUGAUGAAUUGUGUUGGGUCAAAUUCUCUGCUUGGUUUUGAACUUCCUUCGAAUGUAAAUUUCUGGAUAAUAGAAUCAAGAAGGCCAAUUCAUUUAGACAAUAUUUUCAAUGUUGAUUCUAUAAAAGUUUUGACAGAAAGUUCAGAAUUGCCUGAAUGGAAUGUCCCUGAUGCUAAUUCUAUUUAUGAACAGGAAGAACAAUCUGGAAGUGAAAGUGGGGAAGAUGAAGAGGAGGAAGGAGAAAAUUUGUUCAGUGAUGGAGAGGAAGGAGAGGAAAAUGGAGGAGUCGAGGAACUUUUAGAUGAGAAUGACCAACAAAGUCAUCAAGAUGAAAGAAAUUCGUCAAUAAUUAAAAGACGUGGAAAACGCAAACAACUGGCUGAUAUAAUCGCUAGUAGAACACUAAAAAGACAACGGCGAACCCAAUGGAAACGGGCAAGGGGGACGAUUUUGUGGGAAUAUUAUUUGAAGUCUUGGUAUGCUCCACCGAUAUCAGUAUUUAUGUUAGAAUUAGCUCAUGAACUAGGCAAAUCUUCUGCAGAAAUAAUGUGGUGUUCUGCUGUUGGAAUUAGCAGUCAAUUUAUUGAUCAAAUUAUUUGCGUGGAAAAAUAUACUGAUAUUUGUGCAGAUCGAAUGAAACCAUUUAUUUUAAAAUUUGGACCAAGAUCGGGUGCUUUGACUGACCAAAAUAGAAAUCACUUGACUGUCAGCUUUAAAGAAGAGUUUUGUUUUUAA